AUGGAGCCAAUUAUUAGACCUGACAACAUCCAUAUCAGUCUUCCUGCUGAUAUCAACCUCUACCAAGCUUCUUCACUAGAAUGGUCUCAGCAAUUCAAAGAUUCGCCAAACUAUGAGCUCGAAUUGUAUCCUCAAAGCUUCUUUUUGCCGGAGUUAUGCGGCCCAGUCCACGCGUUUUCGCUGUAUGGAUUGAUGUGCACGGUACUUUUGCGCAUCUCUGCGGAUAUUUGCCGAUUAGUCGUCAAUUCCGAUCUGGCAGACGUGGACAAGCAUCAAUACGUGCCUUGGAAAAUCUGUCAACUCGACAAAAGGGCGAGUAUCGCUGUGCCCAUUCUGAUGCAUGCUAUUCAAUCGUACAACAAAACCUUUAAAGAGUCCAACCCCAACGGGAUUGUAAUCUGGCAUAGCAUGUGCAUCAUUCUGACUGUUGAUAUAAAUCUCUUGGCCCGCGCUGGUGGCCGUGAUGGCACUCAAAGCAUGAAGCGUGCCCGCCAAUCUCUGACUACAUGGGUUCAUACACCGGCUGCGCGACGAGCCUGUGUCCAUGCAGCCCAGACUUUUCAGACACUAUCCCAUCGCAAACCGGCUGACGGAACAGCAUUUCAGUCGGUUCGAGCACUGUUCAUGUCUGCUCUUGUACUUGGGCUAUACAUUUUGAAGAGCGAAAGAUCGCAUGACGCACGAUCUUCCCAUGAUGCCGGUCCAUUCGAUUUGGCUAAAACACCUAUUGAUUGGCCUGCCAUUGCCAACGUGGGGAUUUCGGACGACAUAUCACAAUGUUCGCAUCAUCCAAGCGGAGCAACUAGUGCCUUAAUAAACUUCAUACAAUUUGGUGGCCCUAUAAUCAUUAAUGGAAGGACAUAUAAGUCAGGCGCUCGCCAUGCCCAGCGCAUUGUUCUGGAAUUUGCGAGCUUGCUAGACGAAGUGGGGACGCAUUGGAUGGCGGGUUAUGCACAGGUUUUGUAUAUGAUUCAUGAUACGAUGGAGGAGACCGCUGUUAUUGAAUAG